AUGAUUCUUGGUCUUCCGACGGACGGUCUUCCAGUCACAGGGAUGACUAUCAGCAGUGUUGAGGCCUUAGAGGCAGAGUGUCUGCACCAAUUUGGGGAUGCACCGAGAAAGCCAGAAUGUAGAGGAAGCGGUAUAAAGCUUACGUGGCUACGGGAUCUAAAAGAAAGAUUACAGUUACAGUUGGAUAAUGAAGAAAGUAAACAGAGGUAUGUGAAGUGUCACAUUAUGUUACUGCUUGGUACGAUAUUGUUAGGUGACAAGUCUGGAGUGUUUGUCCACUGGAAGUUUCUGCCUUUACUUCGUGAAUUUGGUAGUAUUGUACAGUUCAGUUGGGGUUCGGCUUGUCUGGCACAUCUGUAUAGGGCAUUGUGCAAGGCAUCUCGUUAUGACUGUAAGGAGAUUGACGGUUCGCUAACACUGCUGGUCGUUUGGGCAUUUAUGCGCCUACCAUUUCUAGCGCCAGUUCCUAGGAAACCCCGUAGUUUUCCGCUUGCAAAUAGUUCUGUUAAUGAAUUAAGCGAUAUUAGGUGGCGUAACUGGGAACGUGGAGACCGACGCUUUAGGUUUACAAAACUUGCUCACUUUAGGAAGGCUUUUGAUGAUCUGCAGGAAGGCCAUUUUGUGUGGGUUGCUUAUGCUGUGGAUCACGUGGAUCCGGACAUAAUUCCUGCAGACAUCCACAUGCACUCGGUUGUGUGGAGUGCGACGGUGCCUUUGGUAUCUUUUGAAUGUAUUGAGUGGCAUGCAACCGAUCGGUUUAGGCGACAGUUUGGUUUCAUGCAGGGAGUUCCUCAUCAGGAACGGAAUCUAGACAAGGCACACGGUGAAGUCUUGACUGGUCCUAAGAAUCUUAAUUGGGCAACAGCCACGAGUCAUUCAUUUUGGGUGAUGCAAUGGACGAACAGGUAUAAUCACAUUUUGACUGAGCUUGAUGGUCCACAGCAUCCGUUAGAUAUUUACAUGCACUGGUACCGUACAAAAUAUGGCCGUCAUUUGAACUUGUCCGAUCUUGUGGUUCAAGAGAAUGUCGAGGGUGAUCAGGGUAUGGAUGAUGUGGUUCAAGAGAAUGAAGAGGCUGAGGACGAGGAGCCACAAGAGCAGCAGCCUCCACCUCUACCUCCGCCUCCAGCUGCACAGGAAUAA